AUGUGGCUAUCUCUACGAUCAAUCUAUCUGUUCAUAUUUAUAACAUCGGCAGUAUUAAUGCCGAUGAUUACUUGUCAUUCUCUUAGUAGCUUGGCUAAAGCGAAAAGAGCAACUAGGAUUACGGAUAAGGAUUGUUUUGCCAGUAACGGUUCUUGCGUUGAUUGUGUACAAACUUUUCAUUGUUUUUUUUGCAACUCAAACAGGGUUUGUUGGAAAUAUCGUGGAACCAGUAUAACUAAUUUUCUACCACCUCAGUGGCAAUGCAAUAAUAACAAUUGGCAAAUUGGUCAAUGCAGUAUUAAUGGAUUAACGUUAAUUAUUCUUGUUCCAAUCGCCAGCAGUAUCCUCAUCAUUGUUCUAACGUGUGGAUUAUAUUGUUGUUGUUGCCGCAAUAGCUAUCGCAAGAUGUGGUUUUAUGAGAAUGAGAGACAUGAAAGUGAAUUAGCAAGGCGCCAACAUAACGCUGAAUUACGUAAUUUUGAUCGGAAAGCACGUCGUGAGCGCCUUGCUCAAAAGUACAGAAGCACGCCUGGCAAGAUAUAA